AGCGGAGUGAACGCAUGAUCAAUUGACGGGAGAGCCGGGAGGGGAGAGAGCGAGAGUUACAUCGUACUUGGGGGGGUCGGUGAACGGGGACAUGCUGGGAUUCAGAGCUCGGCUGGCGUACGCGGUCCGCCUGCAGCGCAGCUACAGCCAUGGCGGAACGGAAUCUCUCAAGAAGACUGCUCUAUAUGAAUUCCAUCGGAGUGAAGGAGGCCGAAUGGUGGAAUUUGCUGGUUGGAGUAUGCCAGUGCAGUACAAGGACAGUCACAUCAGCUCGCACUUGCACACCCGCCAGCACUGCUCGUUAUUUGACGUUUCUCAUAUGCUGCAGAGCAAAGUAACUGGGAAGGAUUGCGUGAAGUUUAUAGAGAGCUUGAUAGUUGGGGACGUUGCUGAACUUAAGGACAACCAGGGCACGCUGUCACUCUUCACCAAUGACAAGGGAGGAAUAAUGGACGAUCUGAUAGUGACCCGGACAUCAGCUGGAUAUCUCUAUAUCGUGUCGAACGCCGGCUGUGCUGACAAGGACUCUGCCCACAUGAAGGAGCAACUAGCCGAGUUCAAAGCAGCGGGGAAUGAUGCUAACCUGGAGUUUCUGGAGGCAGGACUGAUGGCGCUGCAAGGUACAUCUGCAACAAGGGUGUUACAGGAGGGGGUAUCUGAUGACCUCCACAAACUGCCCUUCAUGUGGAGUGCAGUGAUGACAGUGUUUGGGAUUCAAGGCUGCAGAGUGACUCGCUGUGGUUACACUGGUGAGGAUGGCUUUGAGAUCUCAGUACCAAUUCAACACACUGUUGAGCUGGCGGAGGCUCUGUUGAAGAACAGUGAAGUGAAACUGGCCGGCCUUGGGGCGAGAGACAGUUUGCGCCUGGAGGCUGGCCUUUGUCUUUAUGGAAAUGACAUUGAUGAGACCACCACUCCAGUGGAAGCAAGCCUUUUGUGGACCAUAGGAAAGCGCCGGAGAGCAGCAGCUGACUUCCCUGGAGCAGCCAUUGUCUUGAGACAGAUCAAAGAGAAAACAAAGCGGAAACGAGUGGGUUUGAUGUCGUCUGGGCCCCCGGUCAGGCAACACACACCUAUUUUAAACCUCGACGGAAAAGUCAUCGGGGAAGUGACGAGUGGCUGCCCCUCCCCAUGUCUGAAGCAGAACAUUGCCAUGGGAUACGUGGACACGGAAUACGGCAAGCUGGGCACGCCAAUAAAAGUGGAAGUUAGGAAGAAGAUUGUAGAUGCAGUUGUCACCAAGAUGCCUUUUGUUCCCACUAAGUAUUAUACUGUGAAGUGACUCCUUUGUCUGAAUAUGUGAGAUGGCCAAGAUUAAUUUCAUACUUUUAUACAAUUGCUGGUGAUUUGGUAUGGUAUCUGUCUGCUUUACAAAUUCUGGCUGUUGGCCUGCUCUAUUCUCCCAUUUAGAAUCAUAGGAAAUUUACAACAUGAAAGGAGGCUAUUAUGUCCGUGCCAAGAGAAAACACCAAUCCACCCGAAUCCCAGCUUCCAGCACUGUCUGCAGCCUUGCAGGUCAUGGCUCUUCACGUACUGAUCUAGUACAGUGAGGGCUUCUGCCUCCAUCAUCUCUUCUGCACCACUGCUGGUGGGAUUGCCUUCCUUCAGUCAAGCACUUGAUAAUUAUCCUUUAUGAACUAAUCUUUGAUUCUGCAAUUGUGAAUUAACAUGCAAUGUUAAUUAGGUGCUAUGUCAUCUGCCUAAAGAAAGAUAUUGGUACUGCAGGAUGGCUUCUGCAUUAUUUGAAUGAUGACAUGAAUACUAAUUUAAUAAAAAACAAUGUAUUUGCAUGUGAGAUGGUAACUUCGUCUGCAGCCAUUUCUGUGACUUUAACAAAUAGACUGCCUUGUUUGCAGGAAUUGUUUGGUACCAUUCAAACUGUGCAAAAAUGUUAAUAUUGAUUUUUGUAUGUUUGUUUUUCAAUGUAUUUACAGAAUAAUAAAAUUUAAGCAACCAGCAUUGAGGAAAUGGGAUGGAACCAGCAUUUCCAUUGACAGCCUGCAGUCACGUCUCCCACUCUACCUCAAUCUCUCCCUUAAAUUUCAAACUCCUUGCUUCACUUAGCUUCAUUCAUCCAGAUCCUUCCUUUCUUUUCUCAACCUCCUUUUUAAAAUGAACAAUUCUUAACCCCAAGUUUAGAAUCACAUGCGAAUAUGUUCCUGAAAUUACUUCUCUGGUUCUUUUGAUUGUGCACUUUGAUCAUGUUUUAAGAAAAAAGCGUGCUGUGAACAUUGGGUUAAACAGGUUAUGUUCAGUCACUAUUUUAACUGUGAUAGAGUCGAGCAUCUUAUCCAUUUUAAUUAAAUGCUAAUAUUGUUAAAUGUUUUUCAAUGUCUUUUCGUACUAAUGUGCUUCAAUAGAAGGGCUAAUUUUUUUUUUAAUUGAUGGUUUGAGUCGCAUAAUCUGCUUGAAAAUAACCACAAAGAGGAAAUGUCCCUCCUCGUAUGUACUAUAAUCCAAUAUAAUCAUAUCUGAUCAAUUA